AAUCUUUACUCUCUAUCUUUUUCUAACAAUCAAGUUAUAUACUCUCUAACAAUGGUUCCUCCAAACCCACCACCUAGACGAACACAACCACAUCCUCAAGCCCUUCCUGCUAGAGGUUUGAACCCUGUCCUAUGCAUCAUCAUCGCCCUCAUCCUUUUAGGCCUCCUUGUGGGUCUCGCCAUAUUGAUCACAUACCUCACCCUCAGGCCAAAGCGACUAGUCUACACGGUAGAAGCCGCGUCGGUCCAAGACUUUGCCAUUGCCAAGGACGAUCACAUUAGUGCCAAGUUCGACUAUGUGAUCAAAUCAUACAACCCGGAGAAACAUGUCUCCGUGAGAUACCACUCCAUGCGCAUCUCCACGGCUCACCAUAACCAGUCCGUGGCUCACAAGGAGAUCCCUGCCUUCAAGCAGCAUCCAAAGAACGACACAAGGAUUGAGACGCAGCUUGUGUCGCACAACGUGGCAUUGUCCAAGUUUAAUGCGAAGGACUUGAGGGCUGAAACUACUAAAGGGGUGAUUGAAAUGGAAGUGUAUAUAACGGCUAGAGUGAGCUACAAGACGUGGAUUUUUCGGUCAAGGAGACGUACUUUGAAGGCUGUGUGUACGCCUGUAAUGAUCAACGUUACAUCGAACUCGUUGAAUGGAUUCCAGAGAGUUUUAUGCCGAACUCGUCUUUAGUUUGGAUUAUUUUAUCAACUUGAAAUGAUUCUAUUUGUGUGCGUCAUAUAUAUGUGUAUCAAAUUUGCUAUAUGUGCCCCUUGAUUGA